GGAGCCGCUGUCCUGGGCCUGGCCGGUGUGCGUCCGCCUGCUGGACCUGGGCACCGUCAGCCGCCUGGGCACGGGACUGGGCGGGGGCGCUGACCUCGGCCUAGGAGGCCCAAGAUCCCGGAGACGCUCGCGCCCUCAGGACCCUGCGGGUCGCACGCCCUCCCCAGCUUCUGCUGCUCGCCGCUCUUCGGCAGGGCGAGGUCAGGUGCCCCCUUCUCGCCUCUCUUCUCUUCUCUUUUCUUCUCUUCCUCCCCGACUCCUGUGCCCGCGGAGACUCCGGCCGCCCCCUCCCGCAGGGGUGUAGUAAGCUGCGGAGCUGACAGCAGCCCCGCAGCCACCCUGCCCGAAGUCUCCGGAAGCGGCACGAGCUCAGGCCGCCGCAGCCCCCGCGGACCCACUAUUGGACCUGAGGAGCCAGCCCUCCUCCCGCACCCAAACUUGGAGCACUUGACCUUUGGCUGUUGGAGGGGGCAGGCCCGCGGGUGGCUGGACAGCUGCGGAGCCGCGAGGGCAUCUUGCCUGGAGACCGUCGGCUGCACUCCCGGGCUCCUGGCUUUGCCUCUGGGAUCCUGAGGUGUCCACAUCAGACGCAUGUUGACUGAGACCUAGAGUCAUGGAUGUAUGCGUCCGUCUUGCCCUGUGGCUCCUCUGGGGACUCCUCCUGCACCAGGGCCAGAGCCUCAGCCAUAGUCACAGUGAGAAGGCGACAGGAACCAGCUCGGGGGCCAACUCUGAGGAGUCCACUGCAGCAGAGUUUUGCCGAAUUGACAAGCCCCUGUGUCACAGUGAGGAUGAGAAACUCAGCUUCGAGGCAGUCCGUAACAUCCACAAACUGAUGGAUGAUGAUGCCAAUGGUGAUGUGGAUGUGGAAGAAAGUGAUGAGUUCCUGAGGGAAGACCUCAAUUACCAUGACCCAACAGUGAAACACAGCACCUUCCAUGGUGAGGAUAAGCUCAUCAGCGUGGAGGACCUGUGGAAGGCAUGGAAGUCAUCAGAAGUAUACAAUUGGACCGUGGAUGAGGUGGUACAGUGGCUGAUCACAUAUGUGGAGCUGCCUCAGUAUGAGGAGACCUUCCGGAAGCUGCAGCUCAGUGGCCAUGCCAUGCCAAGGCUAGCUGUCACCAACACCACCAUGACAGGGACUGUGCUGAAGAUGACAGACCGGAGUCAUCGGCAGAAGCUGCAGCUGAAGGCCCUGGAUACAGUGCUCUUUGGGCCUCCUCUCUUGACUCGCCAUAAUCACCUCAAGGACUUCAUGCUGGUGGUGUCUAUCGUUAUUGGUGUGGGCGGCUGCUGGUUUGCCUAUAUCCAGAACCGUUACUCCAAGGAGCACAUGAAGAAGAUGAUGAAGGACUUGGAGGGGUUACACCGAGCUGAGCAGAGUCUGCAUGACCUUCAGGAAAGGCUGCACAAGGCCCAGGAGGAGCACCGUACAGUGGAGGUGGAGAAGGUCCAUCUGGAGAAGAAGCUGCGCGAUGAGAUCAACCUUGCUAAGCAGGAAGCCCAGCGGCUGAAGGAGCUGCGGGAGGGUACUGAGAAUGAGCGGAGCCGCCAAAAAUAUGCUGAGGAGGAGUUGGAGCAGGUUCGGGAAGCCUUGAGGAAAGCAGAGAAGGAGCUAGAAUCACACAGUUCAUGGUAUGCUCCAGAGGCCCUUCAGAAGUGGCUGCAGCUGACACAUGAGGUGGAGGUGCAAUAUUACAACAUCAAGAAGCAAAAUGCUGAGAAACAGCUGCUGGUGGCCAAGGAGGGGGCUGAGAAGAUAAAAAAGAAGAGAAACACACUCUUUGGCACCUUCCACGUGGCCCACAGCUCUUCCCUGGAUGAUGUAGAUCAUAAAAUUCUAACAGCUAAGCAAGCACUGAGCGAGGUGACAGCAGCAUUGCGGGAGCGCCUGCACCGCUGGCAACAGAUCGAGAUCCUCUGUGGCUUCCAGAUUGUCAAUAACCCUGGCAUCCACUCACUGGUGGCUGCCCUCAACAUAGACCCCAGCUGGAUGGGCAGUACACGCCCCAACCCUGCCCACUUCAUCAUGACUGACGACGUGGAUGACAUGGAUGAGGAGAUUGUGUCUCCCUUGUCCAUGCAGUAUGCUGCCUGGCUGAUGGGGCGUAGGUUCAGUGACCGCUCUCUCUGCUCUACAUCCGCCGGCUCGGAUGAUCAGUCCCUCUGGAAAUACCCCGCCCCUAGCCUGCAGAGCAGUGUUCGGCAGCGCCUGACGGAGCCACAGCAUGGCCUGGGAUCUCAGAGAGGAUCAUCUCUAAAGGCAAGCAGGCUCUCUAGUAAGGGAUUUGACCCAUUCCGAUUCGGAGUCCUCCCUCCACAUGAGUGACCGCCAGCGUGUGGCCCCCAAACCUCCUCAGAUGAGCCGUGCCGCAGACGAGGCUCUCAAUGCCAUGACUUCCAAUGGCAGCCACCGGCUGAUCGAGGGGGUCCACCCAGGGUCUCUGGUGGAGAAACUGCCUGACAGCCCUGCCCUGGCCAAGAAGGCAUUACUGGCGCUGAACCAUGGGCUGGACAAGGCCCACAGCCUGAUGGAGCUGAGCCCCUCAGCCCCACCUGGUGGCUCUCCACAUUUGGAUUCUUCCCGUUCUCACAGCCCCAGUUCCCCAGACCCAGACACGCCAUCUCCAGUUGGGGACAGCCGAGCCCUGCAAGCCAGCCGAAACACACGCAUUCCCCACCUGGCUGGCAAGAAGGCUGUGGCUGAGGAGGAUAAUGGCUCUAUUGGCGAGGAGACAGACUCCAGCCCAGGCCGGAAGAAGUUUCCCCUAAAAAUCUUUAAGAAGCCUCUUAAGAAGUAGGCAGGAUGGGGGUGGCAGUAAAGGGACAGCUUGUCCUUCCCUGGGUCUUCUGCCUCUCCUUCCCUCCCUUCCUUCAAGAUAACUGGCCCCAAGAGUGGGGCAUGGGAAGGGCUGGUCCAGGGGUCUGGGCACUGUACAUACCUGCCCCCUCAUUCUUGGGUCCUUCAUUAUUAUUUAUUAACUGACCACCAUGGCCUGCCUGCCCUGCCUCCCUCCCAACCAUGGGCUGCUGCUGUCACUUCCUCUCCACUUCAGUGCAUGUCUUAGUUGCUGUUCCCUCAGCUCCCAGCUCCACCUCUGGGGUUCAGCUUCUGUCUCUGCUGUCCCAGUUUUGAGGUUUGGUUUCUUGUUUCUGUCUCUUGCUUUCAGGCUCCUCCCUCCCACCACUCCCCAACUUCCCCUAGCAGUUGCAGGGAAGAUAGGAUGAGUAACUUCUGACAUGUGUGCCUCAGAUCCGUUCCACCCCACUCACAGUGGUUCUGUUUGCUCCAGACUGGGGCUAGGGCCUAAUCUUUGGAGUUUGUUCUUUGGUAUUGUUGUGGGUCAGAAGGAGCCUCAUCCUAGAUCUCUCAGGCCUCCAGGGGUCCAUGGGGGAGUGAAACCAAUUCUCAGAGAACAACCCACCAGAGACUUUUAAAGAGAGGCUAGGCUUGGGGAUGGGUUGGAAGAGGCCUCUGUUCAUUGGAGCAAGAGUGGGUGCCAGAACUGUAGGUUAUAAGGCAGUCACUUUUUCUCUCUUCUCCCACCCACACCUGCCUCCCUCUUACCCCUGCUCCCCCACACUGCAGGAGGGUUUGUCUCUAAGAGGUGCUGCCCCAAAGCUCCCCAAGCAUCAAUACUCCUGGGGCUCAGGACAAGUGGCUCCCCUGGCCAGGAGAGCCACAGCCAUGAUACAGGGCUCUUAUGGAGCCCUGGAGUUGUUGGGCAAGGAUGCUGUCAUUUUUUGAACCAAAAGACAAACAGGUUAAAAGGAAGAAAAGUAAUCUGAAUUUCCCAAGUGCCUAUGCUGCAUAUUCCCCUUGUUAGAUCCCAUUUUCAUGUUACUUUGUAGCCUUGGCCAGAGGCUCGAAAAGGACACAACCAGUUUGGGGAAGGCGUGGCUAAGGAAGAUGGUAUAGGUGAAGGCGGCUGUGUGACCACUUCCCCCCACCCUUCCCACCCUCUAGACAACUCAAUCCCUUACCUGUUUUUGCUAUGGCUGUAAAGGUAUUUUCCCUCUGCCCCACUCCCUGCCAUGCCUUUAUCCUGGGAUCCUAUUUUGGGCCUGGGGUGGGUGCACCUGGGGCUGGUCUUAGGAGGGUGCUAGGCUGCAGACUGCCUUGUACCCCCUGGACACCCUCAAAUGGGGUUUUCUGUGUUAUUUCAUAAGACUCUUUGAAAGUCCAAUAAAGCAUGUAGAAGAUUUUAACCCCU